UCUCAGGGACAUCCACAGAUGGAUCGGCUUGGUUGCCCGAUUGAAAUGGAACCCAAGACGCUCAACGAAGGAGAACUGAGGAAUGCCCGGGAAGCAGCAGUUGAAAUAAUCCAAACCAAGGUCGCAAAGGAAGCUUCGACUAUCUUCACCCAGGGCAAGAAGGCUGUGAAGACAUCAGAGCAAAUGAGGAAGGAGAUCGAAAAGAGAGACCAACUCGAGAAGCUUGUGGGAGAAGGCGAGGGAAGUGGAGUUCGCAGUGGAUCAUGGGAUCUUCCUUGCACUGAUGAUGAGAUUUCCGAUGGCAUCACAUCAACGGAGCCUCUCUCGUCUCCGUUUUGAACUGUAAUUUCCCAAUCACAAGAUCUUACAGUCCACGUGUAAGACGACGGGCGAUGGAGGCCGAUUAAGUGCGCCCCGAAACCCAAGGGAUUGUAUCUUCGUGCCAUUUCUUGGAUCUCCGGCGACUCUGCAGCGGGAGGGGGAGGGAGACAUGGAGGCGGCGAGCGCGGCGCCGGCGGCGGACAAGAGACGCCACCCGUUCCCAUGGCUGAAUCUUAUGGCGACGGAGCCCUUCUACCUGCUCCACUUCCUUCUCUUCUUUUCCUACCUCGGGGCCCGCAGCUCCGCCUCCCAAACCCUCUCCGCCGAUCUCGUCGAUCGCCUCUUCCGUCGGGAGAUUCAGGCGAUUCUUGCGUUCUUGGUGCUGGUGGCAGUAAAGAUGGUGAAAGAGGAAACCUGGGAGGCAUUCGUUGCUAAUACUCUGCUUUAUGCCAAGGGAUUCCUAUUUGCAAUCGCCUUAGUAAUUGAUUCUCACUUGGCUCUUUGUUACUUAUUGGGGUUCUUAGUAAUAUCCAUUAUAACUCAGCAACCACCUUAUGAUGGCCUAGGUGAUUGUAGUCAAUUAACCCCUUUGCAAUUGGAAAGCUUACUAACUGAAGGAAGCACCUCAAGGUUUUGGCUGGUUGAGUUUCGGGCUUUAUGCUCUUCAACAUGCGUGCAAAAAUGUCGUAUUUUCCCUGAUCUCUCCGUAAUAUACUCAAACAAAAAUAUUUCUUUUGGAGUAGUUGAUAUUGGGCACUUCCCAAAUGCUGCAGAAAAGUUUGGAAUAUCUUUACCUGGUCAAAUUCCUACAUAUAUUUUGUUUGAAAAUGCGGUGGAAGUUGCUAGACUACCUGAAUUCAGCUAUACAGAAGCUUCUGUCCCAACAAUUAGCAAGAAACUUCUUUGCCAACAUUUUGAGCUUGAUAGACGGCUGAUCCAAUACGUGUCGGAAUAACAUGUUAUGCAACAAAAUUUUGAAACUUGUAUCAGAUAAUGAAUUUUGUUACUCUAGCGUGCAUCUUCAGUGAUAGUCGAUGUAUCUUUCCAUGUAUAUUUUUACUACGUAGCACUAGAAUUCUUUUAUAAAGAAUUUUUUUUUUUUGCUUGAAAUAA